UUGCAUUUGACGGAAUUCCUUUUUUAAAUUAUUUUUUUUUAAGUGACAGUGACAGAUCGUAUACAGCCAGUAUUUUCAAUUUUAUCAAUUCGAGUGUUGUCAUCAACUUGUAGGUUAUAGGGCUAUGUCACACCGUUAUAUGUAAACGAGCGAUUCGUAUGCACAAAAUAGGGAAUUGAACAGGUGUCAGUGAAAUUUAUAACACUGGUUUGUUGUGUAACGCUAGAAACGAACGUAAAAACGUGUUAAUUCAUCGAAAACUGUUGUUAGUGGAUUUCCUAUGAAAGUGUUAUGAUUCAGUGUUUAUGGAGAUGCGCGGGCGCGUGUGCGAUCGAUUUUUAGUGUUUAGUGAUCGUUAACGUAAGCAAUGAGUGUCCCUAAUUUGAGUGCUGACCAAAUCACUGAAAUCGAAGCAGCCGAAGCUUGCAAAUGGCUGAGGGCAGCUGGUUUUCCGCAGUAUGCGCAGAUGUACGAAGACCUCCAAUUCCCGAUCGACGUGUCUGGCGUGCAGAACGACCACCCGUUCCUAGACGCAGACUCGCUACAGUCCCUGUUCCGGCGGCUGACCGCGCUCAACAGAUGUGCCAACAUGAAGCUAGAGCACCAUCACCAUCAGAAGAGAUCGAACGACUCUGACGAUGAGCAGUGUGCUUUGAGUGAUAAAUGGCAAUACGAGAGGAAGUCGAGAAGAUGGUCGAGAGUUGUGGAGAUCACACCGCAAGCACAGAGGAGACUUCAGGUUAUAGCAGCCCGGGCGCUCGCGGAGAGAGAAGCGAGAGAAGCCCGGGGGGAAAUAGAAGAUGACGAGGAUGAAACCCUACCCACUAUCAGGGUGGGGCUGGUGGACGCGGAUGGGCAUUAUACUGACGUCGAACCAGAUUUAUUAACAGUACCAGGUCAACAGACGCACAUACAGUUACCAAGCGAUAAAGAAGAUGAAGAGGACACAGGAACUAGGUUUAGGCGAACAGGAUCUGAAAGGUUACGGGACGGAGCGAAAGCUCUCCUCCGACGAGUUGAAUCUCUCAAAACAAGAAGAAGAAAACGGCAGAAUAGAACAGAAGUUAUAGUCUCGUCGCCGCAUUUUCUGGACGUGCAGGAUAAAUACCCAGAUUUGAAUUACAUAGACAUGACGCCGACAACACCAUCGGCGUUUCCCUUCCCAGACUUCCAUAGUUCGCCUUUACACACGCCAGCUAUUAGAACCCAGCCUCCUUCGCCAAUGACAAUCAUGCCACCGUCUCCUAUAGCUCCAGUAGAACAAUCUUUCGUCCUUCACGCGCCGUUUGGUGACGACAGUUCGAGUUACGCGUCAGAUGGCAGCAUGGGUUCUAGCAAUAAAAGUUCUAAGUCAAAACUAGGUAGGGCCAAGAGGAUAUUCCACAGAGGACUGAAGAGUGAUGAUUCAAGUGCAUUGAGUGACUCGGAAUGUCAGCCGGCCAGUUGGAGACAUAAUUACUAUAAGGAGCAUAAUACUCAUCAUACUACAGAGGUAUACGUAGAGCCACCAUCACCAAUAGACCUGAAACCGGACCCAGAAGUUUUGCGAGAAGUGCAAAAAUCACCUGGCCAUACACCACAUCGACGGCAAGCCAUUAGAACCAGCUCACUAAAUUUAGGAAAAGACGGCCAAAAAUUUCGCGAUCGCAGCUUAAAGAGGGAUAAAUCAGCGUCCAGAAGUUCAGAACUCGACAGCAGUCCGAAUUCAGCUGGAUCCAGGUCUCAUGAUGGUGACCAAGACGAUGAUGACGAUAGCCUUGAUCUUAAGACUAAAAAAAACAACAUACAAAGGUGGUAUUCAUUUAGAACGAGUGCUCUCAACGGCGGGCCGAAAGCAAACAACACGUUACAGCCAGCGCCGAAUCAGAAAAACCCCGAAGCGUAUUUAUCACGACCUAUGUCAUCACUAUCGUGCGGCCAACUGCACAUAUUACGGAAACUAGCUCUAUUGCGGCUUACCGCGUGUAUGGAGCGAUAUUGUCCUUCACACAAAUCUGGGUGGAACUGGGAAUUACCGAAGUUGAUAAGGAAGAUUAAAACGCCUGAUUAUAAAGACAAGACAGUAUUCGGAGUACCUCUCACAGUGUCUCUACAGAGGACAGGACACUCCUUGCCGAAGCCUAUACAAUGUGCACUAAACUGGUUGAAACAGAACGCUAUGGAUCAGAUGGGUAUAUUCCGGAAAGCCGGGGUAAAAUCUCGUAUAGCCAAACUCCGCACAAUGGUAGAAUCAGCGGGCGCUACAAAUGGCGCCUUUGCAAUCGAGAACAUCAACACAACAGACCCUGGUCUAUGCAGUUUGAGCUUUGACGGUGCGCAGGCGCAUGAUGUAGCUGAUGUCGUGAAACAGUACUUCAGGGAACUACCAGAUGCAUUGCUCACUAAUAAACUUAGUGAGACGUUCAUUGCUAUAUUUCAACAUGUUCCUGAACCCUUACGGCCAGAUGCAGUGCAAUGCGCUUUGCUAUUGUUACCUGAAGAACACUUGGAGGCUUUGCAGUCUUUGUUAAUAUUCUUAGCAGAGGUGGCAGAACACUCAGCAGUGAACCAAAUGACGGCCUCUAACUUGGCAGUCUGUUUCGCGCCGACACUGCUGCGGCUGCACCACGCGCCGCCCGCCGGCAGCACUAAGGAGGGCAACUCUAAUCGGAUGAUAAUAGAAAGCGUAGCCGACCAGCGCCAGAUCAGCGAAAGCAGAGCAGCACAUGCCUGUCUCUUAUUACUCAUACAGAAACAUGCACAGUUGUUCCUAGCGCCCGCUGAUAUGCUCGCACGAUGCAAGUUCAACUACUUCGAGGAAAGUGUGCCUGUUGCCCUUGAAGAAUUAGGCGCAGACUUCAAUCAAGACUGGAAGGGAUUCCAGCAAGCCUGCAUCAAAGCACUUUUAAAAGAAGCCAAAGAAAAAACCCGCGGUUGGAUGUCCGUAUCGGGCGCAGCUACACACGUGGAGCUGUGCUGCAAGAAAGUGGGAGAUGGUCAUCCGUUACGCUUGUGGCGGGCCACGACUGAUGUGGAGGCGCCGCCGCAGGAGGUUAUGCAGAGGAUACUCCGAGAGCGACAUAUUUGGGACGAUUCGUUGGUGAAAUGGAGGGUAGUUGAAAAGUUAGGGCCCAAUGCAGAAGUGUUUCAGUAUAUCACAGCUUCGAGUUUCAAUUUACCACCGAGAGAUUAUUGCGUUUUAAGAUCAUGGCAAGGCGGUGGAGGCGGUGGCGGGUGGUGUGCGGUCGCCGAAACGUCUGUCGCACACACUGGCGCUGACUCAAGUGUUGGGGCGGGGGCGAGGGGAGUGGUACUGGCUUCUCGGUACCUCGCGCAACCGGCGGGGAAAGGGAGAAGCCGGCUGGUGCAUCUUGCGAGAGUGGAUACUAUGGGCAGAACACCGGAAUGGUAUAACAAAUGCUACGGCCACAUCUGCGCGCUGUAUCUAGCUCGCAUCCGAGCCUCCUUCAAGCACAAUACAGAAGGCCCUGAAUCAAAUGUAUGAUCAAAACAUUCCACUUAAGUCCAGUCAUUUGACUCGACUUAAGUAUGACAACAAUUGUGUGUCUGCAGCCUAACAAGGCAAUCAUGUAAAAUACUUUACAUUGUGGUUUUGAUGAUAUUAUCCAUACUCAAUAAAUAUUUUUAAAUGUUUAUUACCAGCAAAAUGGUAAUAUAGGCGAUGCAUAAUAUUUUUAUCUAAAUAUACUUUUAGAGUUACAAAGUGUAUUUACCUACCUCUAUCUAUGCUCUGUUUACAUGAGACCAAUUAUUUUGACCGUGACAGAAAAAUGCCAAAAAAAAUAAUUUUGAAGUUAAUUAGUGGCAAUAUUUUCAAGUUGGUUGCAAUUUUGUGUCUCAAGCUAGUCAAAUAAUUUAACACUUUUUUAUAAUGCAAUAAUAGACGUAAAAUUAAAAGAAAGAAAAGUAUUUGUAUAUGGCAAUACCAGAAAUAUGUAAAUAAUUAAUUUUAUUUCUGAUUUUGCAGUAAUCAUCUAGUAAGUGUAAACUGGGCAUAACUAAAGUUUAUCACAACCCACUCAUGGGACCUACCAAAAAUCCUGACUGUAUUUUUAAUACUUUUUACUAAAGUAUUAAAAUUUCCCUGGUGCAUAAUGUAUAUAGUUACAUAAUUAAUAUAAGCAUCACAAUUUUCAAUAUACUAUUAUGAUGGAUGUAAUCUCAUUAUAUUUAUUAAAAGUAAAUGUUUUACCAAUCCUUAAGAAGUUAUCAUAACAUAUCGCUAGUCAUAAUAUAUCUAUGAAGUAAUAAAACAUAUAACACAUUAACCGUACCUGCCCUGUGUUCAGGAAAAUAUAUAGUAUUAUAUAAAAUUAUUUGUAUAUUCAAUAUUGUAGGUACUUAUAAUUUACCACACUGGUGGGAGCUUUCAAGAUUUUGAAAUGUAAUUGUUGAUGUUGUAUGGACGUUUAUGUAAAAAGUCUGAUUGUAAAUAGCUUAGAUAGUAAAAUGUGACCAUCACAAAAUUCUAGAUUUAUAAAAAGGUCUUUGGGGAGUGUGACAUAAUGACUACCCAAUAUAAUAUAAACUACAUAACAAUAUUUGUGUAGUGUUAAAUGUAGUUUAAAUAAUAUAAAUAAAUCUCGUGCAAUUUUAUGUCACAUUCCAUACAGACAAUUUAUUUUUAUUCCUGUUGUGGAAGAAAAUGAAAGCCAAAUAUCACAAUAUUAGGUUAAGAUAAUGUUUGUAAAUAUGAUGCAAUGAUAUUUUGAUGUAGUAAUCUCAAUAAUUUAUGUGUUGUUAGUUACCUGUGGAAUCACAAUUUUAAUAUAAAUGUUGGUGCCCGUAUGAAUAAGAUAUUUUUCCUUAACUAUAUAUUAAGUAAUGUUAUUAUAAAGGAAUAUUUGUCUGCACAUUAUCUAAAUAACACAAUUUAAAAUAUAUUAUGUGCUUGCAGUAUAAAGUAAUAAUUUAUUAGUACAAGUUCAAAAUACAUACAUGCAGCCAUACCAAAUAAUGUCCAUUGUGAAUCCAUACUUCAUUUUCAUUCCGUAUGUAUUAGACAUAACUACCAAUAAUUGAAAAUGAUAAUAUUUACCCACUUUGUCAUUCCAAUUCACUGAGUAUGUAUUAUAUAAAUUAGUGUAAAACCAUUUGUAAAACUCUUAACUCAAUCACCCAUAUCAGUAAUUAUUUUUUCACUUUUGUCCAUAGGAAGUAAAAUCAGUAAAUAAGAAAUAUACAGAAUGUAUCACAUGCAGAAUGUAUGGAAUUCGUGGAAUUAAUAAAAAUCUUUUAUCACGUUCAUUAUUAUAAAAUUAAUAUUCCAAAGGGAUUUUUGAAUUCAUUCAUCAUUUGAAUUUUCAAAUCAUAUUACCGCGUAAAAUGUUAUCGAAUUACCUGACAAUGGCAACACAGCCAACAGAUCAGCUUGCGAUAAAAUAAAUAUUAUCUGUGAUUCAAAUUCAAAAUAAGUUUAUUUGAACUUAAUGAAACAUUGACUCCAAAAUUAUUAUAAAACCUAGCUUUUGGUGUUUACAAUAUAACAUUUUUAAAAUUAACUACCUAUUUCAAUAUAAUAUUAAAUUGUGUAAUAUAUUAGUACUUUACAAAAAUACAAAUGAUAAUAAUAAUUGUUUUAUUAAUUCACUAGACUGACUGCAUACCUACUGACUGUUAAAUUUUGCCAUUGCACGCACUCAAUGUUACUGCUGGACUACAUAAUUAUUAUUAUUCAUUCUUAAAAUACUCCAUAUUUCCAUAAUGUACGAUAAUGUGUGUAAUAUAAUAUUAUAAACUAAUUAUUGCAUUGUGAUUUUAUUCUUUAUGAAUUAAAUGGACCAUUAUAAAGUGAAA